AUGUCCUUUUCUCCACCUUCUUUCUGCCUCCUCUUUUCUUUCUCGUCGUCAUCGUCCCCUUUGCUUUCUCGUCGUCGUCGUCCUCCUCUUUUUCCUUUAAGGAUCCUCCUCUUUCCUUUCCUCUCUUUCCCCCUUUCUUUAAGUCGUCGUCGUCCUCCUCUUUCCUUUCUCGUCGUCGUCGUCCUCCUCUUUCCUUUCUCGUCGUCGUCGUCCUCCUCUUUCCUUUCUCGUCGUCGUCGUCCUCCUCUUUCCUUUCUCGUCGUCCUCCUCCUUAUUCUUAAAUGGUCGUCCUCCUCUUUCCUUUCGUCGUCGUCCUCCUCUUUCCUUUUCGUCGUCGUCGUCCUCCUCUUUCCCUUUUCGUCGUCCUCGAUUUUCCUCUUUCCUUUUCUUUCUGUUCGUCGUCGUCGUCCUCCUCUUUCCUUUCUCGUCGUCGUCGUCCUCUUUCCUUUCUCGUCGUCGUCGUCCUCUUUCCUUUCUCGUCGUCGUCCUCUUCUUCAAAAACCAAAAAGUUCAUCAGAACAAUUAGCACCAAAACUGAUUCUUUUCUUUGAAUCCUCCUUCAGAUACAAAAGAUCUUAUAUCCUUUCCUCCUCCUUUUCUUUGCUUUCUCCCAUUUUAUUCUCUUCCUCCUCCUUUCUCCUGUUUUCUCCCGCUUCUCUGACUGUAGUUCUAGUAGUCUUUCUCUUUCUCCCCCUUCUCUCCUUCCACCUUUCUCUGCCUCUCUCUCUCCUUCCACCUUUUUCUGCCUCUCUCUCUCUCUUUCCGCCUUUCUCUGCCUCUCUCUCUCUCUCUCCUUCCGCCUUUCUCUGCCUCUCUCUCUCUCUCCUUCCACCUUUCUCUGCCUCUCUCUCUCUCUCCUUCCGCCUUUCUCUGCCUCUCUCUCUCUCUAUCCUCCCGCCUCCUCCUUCCCAUCUUACCAUGCUAAAAUGA